CCUUUUUGGAUUUUAUCCAUGUCCUGCUAACUGCUACUUUCAGCAAUGGAAUCGACCGUUGAUGAUGAAGCAAUGGCAGCAUAAAUGAAGGCCAAGUAAGGAAGGCAGAACGAUGCCCAAGGGUGGGUGUUCUAAAACACCACAAUCUGAAGAUUUCUCUCUCAGCAACGACAUGGUGGAGAAACAAACUGGGAAAAAGGAUAAAGAUAAAGUUUCUCUUACCAAGACUCCAAAGUUGGACCGGAGUGAUGGCGGCAAAGAGGUGAAAGAGAGAGCUACGAAGCGGAAGUUGCCUUUCACUGUUGGAACAAAUGGAGAUCAAAAGGAUUCGGAUACAGAAAAGCAGGGUCCUGAACGGAAAAGAAUUAAAAAGGAGCCUGCAGCACGGAAGCCAAGCCUUCUCUUCGGGAUGGGCCUUUCAGGAAUCCGUGCAGGUUACCCACUAUCCGAGCGGCAGCAGGUCGCCCUUCUUAUGCAGAUGACAGCGGAAGAGUCUGCAAACAGCCCCGCAGUAGAUACAACACCAAAGCAUCCCUCUCAGUCCACAGUUUGUCAGAAGGGAACUCCUAACUCUGCCUCCAAAACCAAAGAUAAAGUAAACAAGAGAAAUGAACGGGGAGAGACUCGGUUGCACAGGGCAGCUAUCCGAGGAGACGCCCGACGCAUCAAGGAACUCAUCAUUGAGGGCGCAGAUGUCAACGUGAAAGACUUUGCAGGCUGGACGGCUUUGCACGAGGCAUGCAACCGGGGUUAUUACGAUGUUGCAAAACAGUUGCUCGCUGCAGGGGCCGAGGUGAACACCAAGGGCUUGGACGAUGAUACUCCGCUGCACGACGCGGCCAGCAACGGGCACUACAAGGUGGUGAAAUUGUUGUUACAUUAUGGAGGAAAUCCUCAUCAGCUUAACAGGAGAGGAGAGACGCCAUUAAAAGUAGCGAAUUCCCCCACCAUGGUGAACCUGCUGCUUGGGAAGGCCACGUAUCCUUCUAGUGAAGAGAGUUCCACAGAGACCUCAGAGGAGGAAGACGCUCCUUCGUUUGCGCCAUCCAGUUCCAUCGAUGGCAACAACACGGACUCAGAGUUUGAGAAGGGCCUGAAGCACAAGGCCAAGAACCAGGAGCCGCCAAAAACCAACACGCCCGUCAAAGACGAGUACGAAUUCGACGAGGAUGAUGAGCAGGACCGGGUCCCACCAGUCGACGAUAAACACUUGCUGAAAAAGGAUUACAGGAAAGAGACUAAAGCAAAUAGUUUUAUUUCCAUCCCCAAAAUGGAAGUGAAACCUUAUCCUAAAAACAGCACAAUCACACCAAAGAAAGCGGCCCAUCGCAUCCUUUCGGACACGUCUGACGAAGAGGACGCCGGCAUCGCAGCGGGGACAGGGGAGAAGCUGCGGCUGACCACUCACUCCAUCCUUCCCAGCAGCAAGACACGAGAACCGUCAAAUGCCAAACAGCAGAAGGAGAAAAACAAAGUGAAGAAGAAACGUAAGAAGGAGGCGAAGGGCAAGGAUGUCCGGUUCGGCAAAAAGAAUGACAAAUUCUGCUCCUCCGAGUCGGAGAGUGAAAACCUGGAGAGCGAGGAGGGCGACAGAGACUCUGUACAAAGCGCUACCUGUGUAAAAGACUCCAGAUUGGUCUUGAAGGAGUCGUCCUUGUUUAAUUCCCUUUCUGCUUCCUCUGCCUCUUCCCACGGGAGCCUAGGCUCACAGAAACAUAACCCAAACCUUAUAGAACAGCACUCCAAGCACUGGAGAACGGACAAUUGGAAAACUGUCUCUUCUCCGGCCUGGUCGGAUGUUAGCUCCUUAUCCGAUUCGACGAGGACAAGGCUGACAAGCGAGUCGGACUACACGUCAGAGGAUUCAAGCUUGGAGUCGCUAAAGCCCGUGAGGAAGAAACAGGAGCACAAGAAACGUGCCCAGCACGGGCCAGCGAUGGUGGUGGAGAAAAAGAAUUCAUUCCAUGCCAACGUUGACGGCGCUAUUCCAAAGCUGGACAAGGAAGGGAAAGUUGUAAAAAAGCAUAAAACGAAACAUAAACACAAAAACAAAGAGAGGGGCCAGUGCCCUGCCACCCAAGACAUUAAGAUAAUCAAGGCCUUUUCUUUUGAGUACGAGGACUCUAAGCAGAAACCUGAAAAGGCUUUGAUUGUAGAGACUGAAAGCUCCGUCGAAAGCAAACUCAAGGCACUAAAGCACGAGCGAGAGCAGUUCAAGAAAGAAGAGAAAUUCCUCAGAACUAAAUCCGAGGAGAAGGACUGGCUGUUUAAAGAUGAAGCUGGAAAAAAUUCCAAAGAGGAAAAGUCGCUGAAAAAAGCAAAGGAGGCAAACAAAGACAUCAGUAAAUCUUUUAGAGAAGAAAAGAGUGGCAGAUCGGAUAAAGAGAAACCCAUCAAGGAGAAAUCACCUAAAGAGGAGAAGCCUCAAAUGCACAAGGAGGACCGGAAGAGAAAAUCCAAAGACAAGCAAUCCAAGGUGGAAAAGAAAAACGAACUGAAAGAAGAAAAACUAGCAAAGCCAGAGAAAGAGAAAACCAUGAAAGAGGAGAAAGAGAAAUGCAGAAAAGAUAAAAGUUACCGAGAGGAGUCCAGCUUUGAAGACUUCACCAAUAAAAACCAGUUUCAGGAAAGCGAAGACACAAAGUGCAGCCUCUCUGACGAUCAGCAGGACCGGUGGUUUUCAGAUUUGUCAUCUGAUUCUUCUUUUGAUUUCAAAGGAGAGGAUGGCUGGGAUUCACCCGUGACAGACUACAGGGAGGUGAAAAAUGACACUGUGGCAAAACUCAUCAUAGAAACCGUGAAGGAGGAAGUCAAGGAGAAGAAGCGGGAGAGUAAAGCAAAAGAGAAGCGAGAAUACAAUGAGAAGCGCAAUGAAAAGGACACUUUUCUCAAAAAGAAGGACCGAGAAUACAUUGAGAAAAACUCUGAGAGGAAAAAGGACCAACCCGAAAAGCAUAAAGGAAUCCCCAGUUAUCUUCCUGAAAAAGACAAGAAAAGGAAGGAUUCUGCUGAAAGCUUUAAAGAAAGGAAGGAAAAGGAUACUAGUGAAAUUAGCAAAGAGAGAAGAGACUUGUCCGAUGGCUCUAAGGACAGGAAAGAUGUUAAAAUUAAACAAGAGGAAUCCUAUCGAGAUGAAUUCAAAGACUACGGCUGUGAAGCAUUCUUCAAAGAAAAAUCUGAUCCUGAAUUUAGUGGUAAAAAUGUGGAGACCUGGGAGAGGCAUCAUUCUGGAAAGGAGAAGAAGGACAUGCCUGAGAAGGACAAGAAAGAAAAAUUAAAAUCAGAAAAGUAUAAGGAAAAAUCCAAAGUAGAAGACAAAGAGAGAAAUGAGAAGACUCUGUCUGAAAAAAACCAGAAAGACAAAGAAUUGGAUAAAGGCUAUAAAGAAAAGAAAGAUACAAAAGAGAAAUAUAAAGAUCUUCACAACAAAGAUAAAGAGAGGAAGGCUUCUUUAGACCAGCUUAAAGAGAAGAAGGAGAAGAACUUUUCUGGGGAUAGAGAGGACUUCCAUGAGAGAAGGGAGGAGAAGAAAGGCCGAGAGAAAAGCUGGUACAACAUCCUUGACAUCUUCACCGAUGAAAGUGAGGAUGAGAAAGACGACUACAGCCUGGGCGGAUUCAAACUGGGAGAGAGCGUUGGGAGCGAAAUGCACCGGCUGGAGAGUCUGCCAGACAAAGAUGACAGCGUGGCGGCUGAGAGAGACCUUUAUCUCCCUGACAAGCACAGGAAAUAUUCCUCUGAUAGGCAACAUUCUGCUGAAAAACAGAAAGACAAAGAGUCCAAAGAGAAGAAGAAGGACAAAGGAUUAGCCGAGGGUGGGAAGGAGAAAAAAGAGAAAUGUUCCUUCGAGAAACAUAAAGAGAAAAGGGACAAAGAUUCUGCAGAGAAGUACAAAGAGAGGAAAGAGAGAAGCUCAGUAGACUCAGCUCCAGAACGGAAGACCAAGCAGAAACUCCCCGAGAAAGCAGAAAAGAAGCAUGCAGGAGAAGACAAGGCUAAGAACAGGCACAAGGAUAAGCUGGAGAAAGAGUACGCAAAGGAGAAGCGGUCUUCAAAAAGUGGGGAGCCAGAGAAAAGCUUGCUGGAAAAACUGGAAGAAGAAGCUCUAAAUGAAUACAGAGAUGACUCCAAUGAUAAAAUAAGUGAGAUUUCUUCCGACAGCUUUACAGACCGAGGACAAGAACCUGUUCUGACCAGUCUCUUUGAUUGUCCAAACCUUACUCUGGUAGAUGCCUCUGAGGAGAAAUGCAAAGAGCCUCUGUCUUGCUUGCCAGAUAAACUCAGGGAGCGGGAGAGGAACAGGCACUCCUCCUCUUCCUCCAAGAAAAGCCAUGAAAAGGACAGAGCCAAGAAAGAGAAAGGUGAAAAGAAAGAGAAAGCAGAGGAGUUUAAGGACUCCAGCAGAAAGGAUUCUGCUCAGUACGAGAGAGACUUCUCGCUAGAUGGAGAAGGCUUUGGCAUUUCCUACGGCAUGAAAACAGAGGCAGAAGAUGAACUGGACAAAAACAUGGACUAUUUGUUUUCUGACAGGAAAGAGAAGAAUGACUCCGAAAGAGAACUUCCAAAGAAGGCAGAAAAAGACAAGGCAUGUGGCUCCAGCUUAGUCAGCACAGCCAAAGAGAAGAAAAAGAGGGACAGGCACAAAGAGAAGUGGAAAGAGGAGAGAGAGAAGCACAGAGACAAACAUGCAGAAGGGUUCUUCAAGCACCACAAAGAGGAGCAGAGGUCUGCCAAAGAGAAGGACAGCUCUCAAGUAAUCACUCUUAAGGAAAAAUCAAAAGAGGAACCACCCAAAUUUAAUGAUCUCAAAAUGAAGGAGAGACUCAAGGAAAAUCAAGAGAAGGACAAAGCAGAGUGUCUUAAAAUGAGCAACGGAAAUGACAAAAUGACCUUAUCCAAAGAGGGUAACAAGAAAGACUCCAGGCCCAGGGAGAAGCUGUUGGGAGACGGAGACUUAAUGAUGACUAGCUUUGAGAGGAUGCUGAGCCAAAAAGAUCUGGAGAUCGAAGAGCGCCACAAGAGACAUAAAGAGCGAAUGAAGCAAAUGGAGAAGAUGAGGCACAGAUCCGGGGACCCCAAGUUAAAAGACAAAGCCAAGGCCAAUGAGGACAUGCGCAAGAGGAGCCUGGAUUUGGCCACCAAGAAACCAGCUGCGCUUGAUGCUCAGCUGAAGGACAAGAAGCUCAAGGAGCUGGGGCCACUGGCGCCGAUCGUGUCUCCGGAAAACAAGACUCAGCCGCCCGUUGAUUCCAAGGACUGGAUAGCUGGCCCCCAGCUGAAGGAAGUCUUACCUGCUUCCCCGAGGCCAGAUCAGAACAGGCCGACGGGGGUUCCAACCCCGGCAUCUGUCGUUUCUUGCCCAAGCUACGAAGAGGUAAUGCAAACACCGAGAACACCGUCUUGCAGCACUGAAGAUUACACAGACCUGAUGUUUGAUUGUGCCGACUCCCAGCAUUCACUGCCCAUAUCCACCAUGUCCAUGAACGCUUGUUCUCCAUCCUUUUUUGACAGAUACUCCAAUCCUUCGACUGGAUUCCCCGAGAACCCAAGUCAGACCCCAACAAGGACCAUCCCCUCUACAAACCUUCACCGUUCAAUGUCUGUGGAUAUCAGAAGAGCCCCAGAAGAAGAGUUCAGUGUUGGGGACAAAUUUUUCAGGCAGCAGAGCGUCCCGGCCACAUCUAAUUAUGACUCUCCCAUUCAGCACUUGGCGGAAGAGAAAGUCCCUCUUCCCUCCGUUCCCAUGGAAAGGUUCCCGUGUUUGUCUCCAGGGUAUUAUUCCCCUGACUAUGGAGUCCCGUCUCCUAAGGUGGAAUCAUUGCACUGUGCUCCAGGAACUGUUGGCACCGUUGUUCAGUCCCCUGAAAGUGUCUUUUCUGGAUUGCAAGCCAAAUCUUCCCCUUCUCAUAGGGAUGAGCUGCUUGCCCCUUCCGUCGAAAGUGCUCUCCCGCCGGAUCUUGGCCUGCCUCUGGAUGCCACUGAAGAGCAGCAGGCGACGGCAUCUAUUAUGCCGCCAGAGUCCAGCUUUCUGCCGCCCAUCGAGGAGAACCUGUUUGGCUCCAGUAUUCCAGAACAGAGCAGUGCUGAGUGGGACACCACUCCGACACAGAACCCGGAUCUUCCUCUUCCUCCGGGUUUGAUGGGCAGUGCUUCUGACCAUCCCGUGAGCUGGUCGGUGGGAUCCGAACUCCUCAUGAAAUCUCCCCAGCAAGGGCCGGAAUCCCCAAAGCCAUUUUGUUCUCCCGACGCUGAGCACCCCACCCCAGUGCCCUUCUCUUCUGCGGAGUCUCCUUAUCCCAUCUCUCCCGUGCCAUACCCGCUGGCGGUGGCUGAGCCAGGGCUUGAUAAGGCAAAGGAAGACACUGGAGGAGCCACCCCAGUAGAAAUGGGGGCUGCGGAACAGCAGGCUCCGUUUGCAGAGUCCCCUGCUAGGUUAGACACAUUCUUUAGUGGCUGCAAGCCUGUCCCGGAAGAAGCAUCGGACAUGCCUUUGCAGUCUGCUAACAUGCCAGCAGAAUCCCAAGUGGAGGCCGUUAGUGCACUGGAAAAAAGUUAUGUGGAGAACAGCACCGUUGUCCCAGUCAGUGCUGAGGAGCCAGUCUCAUGGCCAGACCCGUUCACAAAUUCGGAAGAUGAUUUGGACCUCGGCCCUUUCUCAUUGCCGGAGUUGCCCCUGCAAGCGAAAGACGUUCCAGAGGCUGAAGUGGCAGAGGCGGUUGCCGAAGGCCCUGCCAGCGCUCCAGAGACGGUCAGAGCUGGCCUUGUGGGUGGUGGGGUGGCCUUGGGUGAGCAGGAGGAGCUGCCUCUGACCCAGCAGAGCAUCCUGCCUGGGGAGCCAGAACCACAGGCGGAUGAGCAGAAGUGUGAAGGGGCUUUGCUGGAAGAGGUGACCGAAGUAAUCGGUGCCCAAGAACAGAAGAGUCUGAAAGAAUCGGAGACUCCCCAAAAUCUGCCGGAGGCCACAUCACCAGAUCCUGUCCAGCCAGAGAGCAAGGGGGUGGAAGGGGAGGAGGAGGAGGGCCUGUCCUCAGCUGCUCUUCCCACCAACAGUGGCUCUCAAACUGGCUUGAGCCAAGCCAGCCAUGCGGAGUGCACGGACACAGAGGACGGGGCUGCAGCAAAGGCCACCAACCAGGUCUCUCCCUCCCAAGCCGAGGCUCCACCAGAAGCCACAGAGCCGGCGCCAAAGGCGGUGGUGGAGGCCCCAAAGCCCCCCAAGAUCGAAGAGAUCCCCCAGCGCAUCACCAGGAACCGAGCUCAGAUGCUUGCAAACCAGAACAAACAGAACACCGCAGCUUCGGAAAAGGAGUUUCCCCCGGCUUCUGCCCCUGCCACGCGGGCGAAGGGUCGCGUCACGGAGGAGGAGGACGCCCAGGCUCAGCACCCACGGAAGCGCCGCUUCCAGCGCUCCAACCAGCAGCUGCAGCAGCAGAUCAACACCUCCACCCAGCAGACGCGCGAGAUGAUCCAGCAGACUCUGGCGGCCAUCGUGGAUGCCAUCAAACUGGAUGACAUCGAGCCCUACCAUAGCGACAGGUCCAACCCGUACUUCGAGUACCUGCAAAUCAGGAAGAAGAUCGAGGAGAAGCGGAAAAUCCUCUGCUACAUCACUCCCCAGGCGCCCCAGUGCUACGCGGAGUACGUCACGUACACGGGCUCCUAUCUGCUGGACGGCAAACCUCUGAGCAAGCUGCACAUUCCAGUGAUUGCCCCUCCUCCAUCGUUGGCAGAACCCCUGAAGGAGCUGUUCAAGCAGCAGGAAGCCGUCCGUGGCAAGCUGCGGCUCCAGCAUAGCAUCGAGCGGGAGAAGCUGAUUGUGUCAUGUGAGCAGGAGAUUCUGAGGGUCCAUUGCCGGGCAGCACGGACGAUCGCCAACCAGGCGGUCCCCUUCAGCGCCUGCACCAUGCUGCUGGACUCGGAGGUGUACAACAUGCCUCUGGAAAGCCAGGGCGAUGAGAACAAAUCCGUCCGAGAUCGCUUCAAUGCUCGGCAGUUCAUUUCCUGGCUGCAGGAUGUUGAUGACAAAUAUGAGCGCAUGAAGACCUGCCUGUUGAUGCGGCAGCAGCACGAGGCGGCGGCCCUGAACGCCGUGCAGCGCAUGGAGUGGCAGCUGAAGGUGCAGGAGCUGGACCCCGCGGGGCACAAGUCGCUCUGCGUGAACGAGGUGCCCUCCUUCUACGUGCCGAUGGUGGACGUGAAUGAUGACUUUGUGCUCUUGCCGGCAUGACAGCACCGUGCCUGGAGACAUUCUCACUGCAAACUGGCAUGGGCAGGUGCCCCCCGAGGACGGGUGCGGGCGCUCCCACACACCCCAACUGCUUGCUGAUGAAUCCCUAGUCAGAAGAGGAGGAGGCAGAAAAUCCACGAGAACACAGACGGCACUUUCUUCACGACGUGUCUCCCGGUGCGCCAGGCG